AUGGAGAUCCCGGGGAGGCGAUCCGCAUACUCCCUGCUGAGCCAAUUCCCCGAUGAGCCCACGCCCCUGGCGUCGUCCUCCGAGUGGGGCCUGCGGAUCACCUUCGCCGCGGGGUUGCAGCGCCAAUCCAGCGGCAGCAGCUUCGGCGAGAGCUCGCUGUCCGGCGACUACUACGCCCUGGCCACAGUGGCUAUGGAGGGGCGGCCGAAGGAAGGCUCGGGGUCGGCGUCGUCAGCCGUCGCCAAGAGCUGGGCGCAGCAGGCCGAGGAGACGUACCCACUGCAGCUCGCCCUCGCCCUCCGCCUCUGCUCCGACGCCUCCACCGCCUCCGAUCCUAAUAUCCUUGAUCCUGGCGGUCACAUCUUCCCUGCCGAGAUCCUCCCCACAGAGUCACUCUCUCAUCGGUUCUGGGUACGCACUUGCACGCCUUUCGUCCUUCCUCUGGUUUGA